AUGGCUGAUGAUCGACCAAUAUCUGUCACUGAACACUCUGUCGCAAGAAAGCUUUUAGAGCUAAAUGCUUCUCGUGCUAGUGAUCCCGACAACCUCCCUAACUGGGUACUUAAAAAUUUUGCGUAUAUUCUAGCGGCCCCAAUUGCUGAUAUCCUAAAUACUUCGUUCUUGGAAUGUAAAGUUCCUGACGCAUGGAAACUUGCCAAUGUCUGUCCUCUGCCUAAGGCAUCUUCUAUCUGCAACAUCAAUGAGGAUUUAAGACCAAUCUCUCUAACACCCACCCUCUCAAAAGUUGCUGAGAGCUUCAUCAUAGACAUUGCGUUGAAACCUGUUCUACUACCUAUUAUCGACCCAGGCCAAUUUGGGUUCAUCCCAGGAUCGUCAACUACUCUAGCACUAAUCUCUAUGUUCCAUCAUUGGUUACGAGCUACUGACGGCACCGCAUCCACCGUAAGAACCAUACUUUUAGAUUUCCGCAAAGCUUUUGACCUUGUGGACCAUAAUAUUUUAGUCGCCAAACUGUUUAGUAUAGGCGUAAAACCCACGGCCGUCAAUUGGAUAAUUGAUUUCCUAAGACAUAGAAAGCAGAGGGUUAAACUAAAAAACAUCGUUUCCGAUUGGCUUGACGUCCCAGCAGGAGUGCCUCAAGGAACCCGUCUUGGUCCCUGGUUGUUUUUAGUACUAAUCAAUGAUCUUAAGCUACCUCAGGAAUCCUUACCUAUGUGGAAAUUCGCCGAUGAUUGCACAAUCUCUGAAGUGAUACCACCCUCCAAGCAAAGCUCUCUUCAGCAAGCUGUUGACUAUAUCGAUGCAUGGUCUCAAGAAAAUCGAUUACAAUUGAAACCAACUAAGUGUAAAGAAGUACGAUCAUGUUUCAAGAGAAACCCUCCAUCAUUCCCUUUAGUCGAACUCAAUGAUUUCCAGUUAGAAAGAGUUAGCGUGGCCAAAAUUCUUGGCGUAACAAUCCGGGACGAUUUUAAGUGGAACGACCAUAUCGGUAUUGUCACCGUAAAAGCCGCAAAACGACUGUAUCUUUUGAGACAAUUAAAAAGAGCCGGGAUCUGUCCAAAAGAUCUUAUCACUUUUUACUGUAGUGCCAUCAGAUCACUUCUGGAAUAUUCGUGCCAGUUAUUUCAUCGGAGUCUCCCUAAAUAUCUGUCAAAUGAACUUGAGAGUAUCCAAAGGCGCGCUAUGCGUAUCAUCCACCCGGACUUGAAAUAUGCUGACGCGCUAAAAGACGCCGGCAUUUGCACUCUCUUCGACAGACGAGCCCAACUAUCAAGUCAUCUUUUUGAAGAUAUUGUUAAUAAUCCGAAUCAUAAGCUCAGUGGCCUACUUCCACCGCAAGCACAUCAUCAUAACGAUUUAAGGAGCGAACGAAGGUUUAAUGUACCUGUUAGUAAGACAGAUCGUCUUAAAAAAUCUUUUAUUGUUAGUCAUAGCUUAAAUAUAUAA